AUGCGGGCCGUCCUGCUGUUGAUACUCAUCAACAACAUCUUCAAGCUUCCAUGUGCCUUUUCUGACCCUGAGUUACUGCGCCUGGCGCCCCACAGCGGCAGCAACUCAACGCGUGAAGCAGCGGCAAGGGCGGACGACCACCGCCGCGAAGACUUGGCCGCGCCAGCGCCGCAGCAGCCUCGCGGGCGGCCCCGAGCGGCCGCAGCCAGCGAGUCUGCAGCCACUGAUGCCGUGGCCUCGAAGAGGAGCGCCGCAGGGCACGCGGGGAGCACGCACGGCCCGACGCUUGCGCAGCCCAGCGCCCUGCUGCCGCUGAGCAAUGCGACACUUUUUAAGGACCGCCAGCUGCAGCGGCUGGCCGACAGGUGGCGGCUGACGCGGGCGCAGGCGGUGCAGAUAGGGCAGCCGGAAGCCGAAGGGAAGCUGAGGAUCUGCAUCAGCAGCUUCACGCCAGAGGUGGGGGGUGGGGACUGA